GUGUAGAUGCUUGACCUGUCGUAAACGCUGGGUAGGUCGACAACGGACCAGACUUCCCUAACCGGUAGCAUUUCCUUCAGUGACCCGUGCACUUAUUUCUAUAGCAAGCAAGGUGGCAGUAUUCUCGGUAUCAUGUCCAUCAUCAAAACAAUCCGGUUUCGCUGGAGAUUCAUCUCGAUAUUUGCGGCGCCGGUGCUUUUACUUCCACUGGGAUUCGCCAUCGGACGAAAGGCGGGAUGGUGUGCCUUCGUAGUCAUCUGGAUGGCGUUCUAUUGGGUGACAGAAGUUAUCCCCCUGGCAAUAACGUCACUCAUGCCGCUCGUGUUGUUUCCUCUGCUUGGUAUUCUCUCAUCCCAACGGGUAGCAUCGUUUUAUUUAAACGACAUCGGAAUAAUCUUGGUGUGCGCCAUGAUGCUGGGAGUGGCCGUAGAAACAAGCAACUUGCACAAAAGGAUUGCGCUCAAGUCCAUACUUGCCGUAGGAACAAGUAAUCGCAGGCUCUUGCUGGGAUUAAUGCUGGUGACGAUGUUCCUGUCGAUGUGGACCCCCAACAUUUCCACAGCAUCCAUCAUGAUUCCCAUCGCCAUGGCCGUUGUCGACCAGAUAAGGGACAGCUCGGCCACAGAGUGCAUUGGCAUACGUGUGCAAGAGAUAGGUUCCGAUCAGAAGCGGCUAAUAGAGGACCGCGAAAGGGCUGUUGCAGUUAUGCAAGAAGAUAUAGCACCCAGGACGGACGACAAACGUACCAGGCUGCUUCGAAAUACGAUGGUGCUGGGCGUGUCCUUCGCAACCAGCUUAGGUGGCACAGGCACGCUCAUCGGAACGGGUCCGAAUGCCGUCCUCAUGGGGAUCUUCGACGACUUGUUUCCAGGUUCCACCGAGAUCACAUUCGUCACGUGGUUCCUGUACAACGCACCGACGAUGCUCAUAUGUACCUUCCUGACCUGGGCGUACAUGCAGUGGAACGCCAGAGAAGCAAUGAGAAGCGAAGUGGGCGGGUCUUCAGAAGAAAAAGUUCGGGAAGAGAUUGCUUGGCGGUAUGAAAAGCUGGGAAAGAUCAGCUUUGCAGAGAUAAGCGUGAGCGCACUGAUUGUGACAAUGACUGUUGCCUGGUUUGCAAUGAAACCACAAAUAUUUCCCGGCUGGGUCGACGCCCUUCCUCACGGAGAACUCGUGAGGCCCAGCGCUCUGGUCGCCCUGAUGGCGCUGCUGCUGUUCGUGAUACCCAAGGAUCCCGGAAACCCGUGGCAGUCGCAGGCCCUCCUUACGUGGGAGGAGGCUGUCCGGGGUGUCAAAUGGGGCGUCAUGCUUCUCUUGGGAGGAGGCAUGAGUCUGUCCGAGGCAUGCAAGCAAUCGGGGUUGUCUGCGAUGCUGGUGAAUAGCAUGAAGGGCAUGGACGUACUGCCACCUGCUCUCACGGCCUUGCUCUUCUGCUUCGCAACGUCUCUGUUCACGGAGAUCACGAGCAACACGGCAACGAGCUCCAUCGUGUUACCUUUCGUCUGCGACAUGGCUAUUGUGCUGAGGUUGCACCCCCUCUACCUGGCCAUGCCUGCGGUGGUCGCCUGCUCCUUCUCCUUCAUCAUACCUGCUGGGACUCCGCCGAACGCCCUCGCCUACGAGCUAGCCAAGCUCAGCAUUCCGGACAUUGCGAAACCAGGAUUCUUCGUCAACCUAAUAUGCGUGUUCGUGGAAGUAGCUAUGAUACAUGUCUUGGGCUUUCCCAUUUUUGGCCUUUCGAGAUUUCCGGAAUGGGCAGAACAUUACAGGGACACUACGAUAUCAAGCACACCAAGCCAGACCACUAUGGGCUUCUUCGCAGAAAGCAGAACAGGCGCCACAGCGAAUAUAGACAAUAGGACAUUCUGGUGAACCUGGAUGCUUCUGUAGAGAUACCAAAAGAGACUGGGCUUGCGAUGCACUGUGCGAUGGAGUGCAGUUCCUCGCAAUGUGCACUGAACAGCAAACGUGCAGAAAAGAACAAAAAGUUGCUUGCAGAUGCAUUUGCUGGCAGAGAAGUGCGACUGUCUAUCUACACGUUCGCCCCUCGCGUUGUGCAUUAGAAAUAAUUAUUAGAACUGAGAACGGCCUCAUCACUUCGGCGAAGAUGCCAACAUAACCGUGACCAUAUCUACAGUCUAAAUUAUGUUCACUGCAUAUUGCAACGCCAUCUGCAAACUUCAAACCUAAUAUGCCGCUCACGCAUGUCCUAACGGAUUCUUACAGACCUUAGCAAAAUCCUUCACAUUAAAACGAAAGA